AUGGGCUCUGUCUCAGCUGAAAUCCACAGUUUGCAUUCCGCCAAGUCCAGCUUACCUCCGCCUUCUAUGGAUUCAAAUACUAUGGAUCACGUCGGCAUUCCCAACAUCGGCACAGAUGAGUCUCUGUUCGAAGUGAUCCCUAAGCUGUCUAGUUUCAUUAGCACAGCCGUGGGCGACAUCGCAUACUCAUUCGAGCAAAUGAGAUAUGGAUCCCGCGGGCACCGUCUGAGGCAGCUGGUUCACGCUCUUGCCGAGGAUAGUCACAACCCAUUUAUCAUUGUUGCAUUGAUGAUUUUGAAAUGGGAAUUUACCAAUGCCGCCGACGAUGACUGGGGUCUCAAUGAAAGUCGAGGCACGGCCUGCGAAUUUGUCGCUUGGCAAUUCCUGUGUCAUUUGAACCAGCGUGAAACCAUCGAAUUCCUCCUGGAAGAGCUCCCGAUCCCUCAACGCACCUCCACGAAUUCCAUUGAAGUGGAAAGAGGAACAUCCGACUUCGCAACAUCGAGGGACAUGGAGACUACUCCACUUUUGUCAGGCUCUUCGACUGCUCUUUAUCGGCUUGGGCUGGGAAAAGCCUCACAGCGCGGUGAUACCGGUGAACAAAGCAUCAGCGCAGAAGCCCAUAGCCUCCAUCGAUAUGCCCGAUUCUUCGGGUUAAACGCCCUAGAAGUUGCAGUCAUCGCCCAGGCUAAAAGGUUUUUGAGCCAACGAGUUGUUCAGCGCGUGGUCAACGACAUCUGGAACGGAGAAAUUGUUUUCUGGGACUCGCUCACUGUUCACUCGAAGAAAAAGCCACAUAUCUUCAACAGAAGAACGGCAGAUCCGUAUUCGAGGUUGAGGGUGCCCGUCUACCGAAAGAUGUUUGAAGCAGCAUUCUUCCUUUCUCUUCUGCUUCUGUACUACUCAGUACUGGUGGAGAGGAAGCAGCACGGACUUGGAUUCUUUGAGACACUGAUGGAUGUGUGGAUUGCUGCCUUUGCAUAUGACGAACUGAGUGGGCUGGUUGAUGCGGGUGUACUGUUCUACCAGAUGGACUUUUGGAGCCUCUGGAACCUAGGCAUAAUCAGCGUGGGAGUUUCUUUCAUCAUCACAAGAGUCAUUGGGUUGGCGAGGGGAGACAACUACGUUAUCGACAUUUCAUUCGAUAUUCUGUCCCUCGAGGCUCUGUUUUUGGUUCCAAGGAUCUGCUCGCUCGUGAGCUUGAACUCCUAUUUUGGCAGUCUCAUUCCCGUGCUAAAAGAGAUGACGAAAGCAUUCUUCAGGUUCAUGCCGGUGGUGGUGGUCUUGUAUAUCGGGUUCUUGACCACGUUUACGAUGCUCGCCCGCGACCGCCUGUCGCUCAAAGAAAUGUCGUGGAUGCUAGUGAAAGUGUUCUUUGGAUCCGGCGCUCUUGGACUCGUGGGUGGUGGCACUAUUCCUUGA